AUGGCUUCAUCACAACGCCGCACUCUCUCUUCUCCUCAGAUCCUUGUCGACGACAGUGGUGCGGGAGAGGUAGUGGAUGCUAUGGUAUGCUCUGGACUAGAGGAUAAAUGGAAGUCUGACUGGCUCGACCGCAUAGAGCAGCGUGAAGUUCAGAUCCAGAUUCUGCUGUAUGUCCUCAAGUUGAACCAUGAACCCCGUUACCGCCUGUCCAAUCGCUCGCAGAAGAGGAAGAACGAGAAACCAAACUUCAUCACCCCUUCCUCUGUCCAGCUUCUCCAGUUUUUCAUUGCCGGUGCUGCAUCGUUGUCAGCCCACUUUCGCCAGCAGCCAUCCAGUAGAACCAAGGUUUCCUUCUACUUUGCACCAUCGAAGCGCAGUUGA